UUCAGUUCUUGAAGAAGACGACAUCGAAAUUCAUCAUGGUUGCAUCCAAAGGUCCCAAGAAAGCUAUGAAGAGCACACCUCCAGUAGAGAAGAAGGAACGCAAGAAUAAGCGCCAUCGUCGACGAAAGGAAAGCUUCGGCAUCUACAUUUACAAAGUGUUGAAGCAAGUCCACCCUGACACUGGUAUCUCCAGCAAGGCAAUGAACAUCAUGAAUUCAUUUGUUCACGACCUAUUCGAAAGAGUUGCCGGAGAAUCUUCUCGUCUCUGUAGCUACAACAAGCGCUCCACUAUCAGCAGUCGGGAAGUGCAAACCGCAGUUCGCCUUUUGCUUCCAGGGGAGCUUGCAAAACAUGCUGUAUCGGAGGGUACAAAGGCUGUUACAAAGUACACCAGCUCAAAGUAAACACGAUAAUUUUGUAUCACAUAAACGGCUCUUUUCAGAGCCACCCAAAAUAACAAGAGAUUCUGACAAAUUCAAUAGCAAUAAAUAUUUAUCGAUUCCCUAAAAAACUCUUACAGUUGUUGGCUGAAGUUAUUUUGAACUAAAGGCGCUAUGUGGCUACGUUCAAUCAU